AUGCCUCCCCGCGCGUAUUCGAAGACCUCCCGUGUCCCCCGCAGACCCUUCGAGGCUGCCCGACUUGACUCCGAGCUGAAGCUCGUUGGCGAGUAUGGCCUGCGCAACAAGCGUGAGGUCUGGCGAGUCGGUCUGACUCUGUCCAAGAUCCGUCGUGCUGCCCGUCAGCUUCUCACCCUCGACGAGAAGGACCCCAAGCGCCUCUUCGAGGGCAAUGCCCUGAUUCGCCGUCUCGUCCGCGUCGGCGUCCUCGACGAGUCCCGCAUGAAGCUCGAUUACGUCCUGGCCCUCAAGAUCGAGGAUUUCCUGGAGCGUCGCCUGCAGACCUGCGUCUACAAGCUUGGCCUGGCCAAGUCGAUCCACCACGCUCGCGUCCUGAUCCGCCAGCGCCACAUCCGUGUCGGCAAGCAGAUCGUCAACGUUCCCUCUUUCAUCGUCCGCCUCGACUCCCAGAAGCACAUCGACUUCGCUCUCAACUCGCCCUUCGGCAGCGGCCGCCCCGGCCGUGUCCGCAGAAAGAAGGCCAAGGCCGCUGAGGGUGCUGGCGAGGGUGAGGAGGAGGAGGAUGACGAGUAA